AUGGCAGAAAAAAUACUGAAGAACAGAGUUUGCAUUAUCGGCUCUGGUAACUGGGGAUCUGCAAUUGCGAAGAUUGUGGGUCGCAAUGCUGCAAGACUGCCGAAUUUCGAGGACAGAGUAACUAUGUGGGUGUAUGAAGAGAUGAUUGAAGGGAAGAAAUUGACAGAGAUCAUCAAUGAGACCCAUGAAAAUGUAAAAUAUUUGCCUGGACAUAAACUUCCUCCUAAUGUGGUUGCCAUUCCAGAGGUGGUCGAUGCAGCAAAGGAUGCCGACCUUCUUAUUUUCGUAGUACCCCACCAGUUUGUCAGAACUAUCUGCUCUACACUCCUAGGAAAGAUAAAGCCGACCGCGGCUGCACUUUCCUUGAUAAAGGGCUUUGAUAUCGCGGAAGGCGGUGGCAUUGACCUCAUUUCUCACAUCAUUACAAGGUGCCUCAAAAUCCCAUGUGCCGUGUUGAUGGGAGCUAACAUUGCGUCUGAAGUGGCUGAAGAGAAAUUCUGUGAGACCACGAUCGGAUGCCGAGACGUGAUGCUUGCACCUAUGAUGCGUGACAUCAUCCAAACUGAAUACUUCAGAGUAGUCGUGGUUGACGACGAAGAUGCCGUGGAAAUUUGUGGAGCUCUGAAGAACAUUGUCGCCGUGGGAGCAGGUUUCGUGGACGGCCUUGGCUUCGGUGACAACACUAAAGCUGCUGUGAUCCGUCUAGGUCUUAUGGAAAUGAUCAAAUUCGUCGAUGUAUUCUACCCUGGCAGCAAGCUUAGCACUUUCUUCGAGUCCUGCGGCGUGGCUGAUCUCAUUACGACCUGUUAUGGUGGUAGGAACAGGAGGGUAGCGGAGGCCUUCGUAAAGACUGGCAGGUCUAUCAAAGAGCUAGAAGACGAGAUGUUGAAUGGCCAGAAACUUCAAGGACCAAUCACCGCGGAAGAAGUCAACCACAUGCUUGCCAACAAAAACAUGGAGAACAAGUUCCCUCUAUUCACCGCCGUGUUCCGCAUCUGCCGAGGCGAGCUGAAGCCCAGCGACUUCAUUAACUGCAUCCGCAGCCAUCCAGAACACAUGAAACAGCCGACGCCCAAAUGUUCUCUGUGA